AAAUAAAUUAUAUUUUAAAAUUUUCAGGGCACCUGAGGGUGAAACGAAACAUAUAUAUACACUUGUUAUAUAAAAAGUAACCAGUUAGAUUUAAGUCAAUUGAGAUUCAAAUAGGACACCCCUUUAAAGGGUAGUUGGGAUAUUGUUAUCCUUUCUGUGUUCUCCCUCCAUUUUAUAUGGUAGAAACAUAAAAUGGAGGAUCUAGAACACAGGAAUUCUUCAGAUUCAGAUGGAGCUCAUAUUCAUGAUCUUCCUGAUGAAGUUUUGCUCUUAAUUUUGCGCAGAUUAGAAGAUGCCAAAUCCCUAUGUAGAUGCUACCUUGUUUCCAAACGCUUCGCCUCCCUUAUUCCUCAUAUCCACAAUGUUAUCUUCUCCAUUCCCGAUCCAGAUUCAUCGCCAAUUAAUUCCUAUUCCAAUCCUUCCAUUUCAGAUAAUAAUGGUGAAACACAAAAGAAUUUCCCCAAGAAUGUAUUAAACUUGCUUUCCAAGCCCUUCCAUUAUCUCCGGCAGAUCACCGGCGGCCCGUCAUUGCCGUCGCCUUCCUCUACCCCGGCGUUUAACUCUGUCGCGUUCGUCAAUGGGAUUCGGUUCUUGAAGAAAUUCAGGGAAAUCCAACGGCUUGAAAUCCAGACGCCAUGUUUCCACGCUCAAGAUCCAUCUCUGUUGAAAUGGGAGGCUGGGCUUGGGAAAGACUCCAUUUUCUGCGUCAGCCUCUUCUCGUCCUCCUCCUCCUCCGACAACGACGACUUUUCCGACGAACUUCUAGCGGAGAACGGCGGAGGCGAUCUGAAUAAUCCCGAAGCAUUCGCCUUAACGAACGAGAUGCUGAGAGACCGAGUGGAAAUAGCGUACCAGUGUUUCAUGGAGGCGCUGUGGAGGCGCCACGUUCUCCGGCACGUCGUCGCGGACCACCACAAAACGCUGGAGGAGGCGAGAUUCACAGAUCAGAAGGGAAACGGGAAAGUUUACUUGAGGAAAGAACAGGUGGCCAAUCUGCAGGACUUGAGGGCUAAAGAACCGGUGGAUUUGAGGGCUGCCGAGGCGGGGUACAUGAAGGUGUGGCAUGUUUCGGAGGUGCAAACGCCGAAAACGGGGCGGGUGAUGAGAGGGGUAACGGCGGUGUUGAUCGGGGUUUCAGAGGACGACGACGAAGAAAGUGGCGGCGGUGGCGGUGAUGGGUGCAUGGAGGAGGUUUUUAAAGAAGAUGAAGUUUUGGGUGAGGCUUUAAGGAUGAUUUAUGAAAGUAUAAGAGAUGAUGCUCUUGCUGUUACCUUGGAUCUCAAUAUUCCUCAUUAAAUCAUGCAUGUUGUUUCAUAAUACCUUAUAAACUCAGGUGGUAUUCUUCUGUACAAUCCAUGUAUAUUGUGAAUACUAAAUCAAUAAGGUUUAUUUUAUUGGUGAAACUUUAUAAAAACUUUUGUGACUUAGUUAUA